AGAUUCUACACAUUACGAUAUGUCAAAACCUUACAAGGCUAAGACCACAGAGUCUUCAAGGAGGCAUGCGUAUUCUUCAUUCAGAGAUAGGAUCGAAGCGAUAAAAAUCGAACCUAGUUUAAAUUUGAGUAAAAGAGCCCAUGAUUAUGUGGAAUCAUCACAUCUCUUGGCCACUUUAGAGCAUUGGAAAGAAGUCAAUAUUAGUGGAAACUUCAUUGAGUGCUUAGACAAAAUUGAAGUCUACUGUCAAUCCUUACCCCAAAUCUUGCAUCACAAAGAUAUCAUAUUCAACGCCUUGUGUACUCAUAUUGAGAUAAAUGAUGUACACUCAAUCCAGCCAUUAUUGGAGAUGCUUGCUCAAUUUGUCCACGAUUUGGGUCCAGAUUUCCUUCCCUACUACUCAAAAUUUCUUAAAAUGUUAACAGAACUUGCAUUAGAAAUCAAUCCAAAUGAUUCUCAAAACAAUCGUAAUUCAUCGAACGUGUUGGAGUGGAUUUUCAAUUGUUUGGCAUUCACUUUCAAGUACUUAUCGAGGAAUCUCGUUGCUGAUUUGAUGCCAACAUUCCAGAUGUUGUUACCUUUGUUGGAGUUGCAAAAGAAGGUCUAUAUCUCGAGAUUCUGCGCAGAAGCAUUAUCAUUUCUUAUAAGAAAACUGAAAGGCGAGGCAUUGACAUCCAUUAUAAAGUAUUCGUUUGACGAGAAAAUUGAUACUAUCAGAGAAAACAGCAUGUAUUGCGAAUCUCUAUCAAUUUUAUACUCUGAGUCUAUGAAAAAUACAAAAGGAACAUUCCACUCGAAGUCCUCUUUGAUUUUGUCCAAAAUCAUUGAAAAUACACUUAAGGUUUCGGAUAGAGACAUGAGUGCUAAACUUAUAUCUAUUGUGUCCGACAUCUUGUUGAAUGUUAUUCACCAUGGAUCAGAAGAAUCGUGCCUCAAAUUCUACGUGCUAGUAACUGAUUUCUUGAAAGAAACUAUCAGUACCACGGAGAAUACCUCGUCAUUUACCGGAAUAGUCCAAAUAAUAUCAAGUUUGACAUUUGCUGAAUCGGGUAGAAAAGCUAACUGGUCAUCAGUCAUUUCUACAAUCUCAAUUUUGACAGACAGACUUCGAACCGUUGAGAAGCAAAAUGAAGACAUAAAUGAAGAAUCAAUCAUUUUUAAGACUGAGUUAAUGGAGUCUCUUCUGUACUUGUUCGUGGUAUUGUUUAGAAACUGUGACAUUCAAAACUUGACCAAGUGCCAUAAUCAGUUCUUCACAUCUAUGAUGGAGUUGAAUAACGGUGAGCAAUUCUUGUUGUUCAUAGAGUCAUGUUGCAAUGUAACUAAGGGUAAAAUCGUCAGUUUCGGAAUAGGCAAGUACCUUGGUGAUUUCUUAUCAAUGAAGUCCCAUUCUGAAGUUCAACUUCAAAAAAUAGCUUUCUUCCUCUCGAGGAUGGAGGAAAGAGAUUUCUACGGCAUCAGUCCUAAACCAAAAGUUCCAGUUGAGACUGCUAUUUCAAUUGUGCGCCAAUUGGAGACCAAUUACCAGGACAUUAGUACCGCAAACGAUCUAGUGGCGGUAUACUGGAGGUUAUUAUUGUUGAAAAGCGGAGAGUCUUCAAAUGGAGAGUUAGAUGAACAGUACUUAAGGCAACUUUUAGAGCAAUUAACAAGCAAAGAUUUUGCCUUUUCUUCAAGGUUUGCUCAAGAUUUGGCUUCUGUUGUCAUUCAUUCCUUGAUUAACAUUUCAAAAACUAAUUCAGAGUCCUUGAAAUUCUUAGUUGAAAGUGUUAUUCGUUGUCUCGACACAUUUCAAAAAUCAUCGUUGUUCAUUGAUUCAAUUAAUCGACUUUUCAAGGAGGCAGCACCUCACGUUCAGCAAAUUUUAGACGAAAACUUCAAUGACAUUGUAUAUAAGCUUGUCAACAAUUUAUCCUUGCCAAGUCAUGAAUCUCGUCUAAGCACGAUUGAGCUUUUGUUUACUAUCAACGCAAUAUUAUCGAAGCCAGAAUCUCAAUUCUUAUCCCAGAUUAGAAUUAUUGAACAAACUCCACUAGCUUUAAGCUCUGGUAGAGAUAUUUCUCUUAGAGUUCGCAACAUGACCCUUGAAUUUAAGAAGCUGGAAAGCGUUACCGACUUCGAACAACACCUUGUCACUAAUUUUGCCUUCGGUAUGCUUACUAACAAAUUUCAGCCAUGUUGGUUGGCUGUAUUCGAAGGAUUGCCAUUUAUUACUAGUAAAAUUUUGGCAUCUAAGCUUGUUUGGGAAUUGUCAUUUAAAUUCAUUCAAUUAAAUUACGAAAGUCAAGAUGAAGCCUUUUUUACUUGGUAUAAUGAUGAAUCAACACAUGUGGAGAGUAGUUUGAUCGAUUGGCAACCACAAGAUGUCAGAUUGAGAGAGAAUUUCAUUAAUUUGGAGAACAACGUCAUUUCGAAAUACAGAAACAUUUCAUACUCUAUAAUGGAGUAUGCUGAAACAAGGAGAGGUAAUAAUGUUUACAGUAAGGUAAUGAGGUCUCUAUGCAUUCAAGCACUUAGUGCCGUCCCCUCUAUUGCUGAAAGAAAUUCUGAAAAGAUUGUACCAAUCAUUUUGAACCAGAAUGACGAUGAAACUUCCGAGGAUGGAAUGGAUAGCCAUCUUCUGACCGCUUCUUGGACAUUAAAGGAUAGGGUUGACUUCAUCACAUUGUUCACUAAGUUCAAAAAUUUGAAGAAGGUGAGCCAGUCUAAGUUAUUAUAUGAGCAUGUUUUGCGCUUAUUGUGUCAUAGACAACUUCAAAUUCAAAAAUUAGCGCUCGAUGUCAUUUUGAAUUGGGGAAUUGGAUCUGUCAACAAAUACGGCGAUAACCUUAGAAACUUGUUGGACGACACCAUAUUCCGUGACGAAAUCUCGAACUUUAUCACUAAAAGUACCGAUUCAAAGAUUGAGCACAGCGAUCUAGAACAUUUGAUGCCACUUGUGCUAAGAAUAUUAUUUGGGCGUGCCCAAGGAACUCCAAAAAGUAAUAGCAAAGCAGGUAAGAAAUUUGCUGUAAUCUCAAUAUUGCCAAACUUUUCCGAGAAGGAAGUCAUCGACUUUUUGAACUUGGGAUCAGAAAGUUUGAAGUACAGGGAAUUUUUGGAGGAUAAUGAAAAAGUUGACCUUUCGAAAACUCAGAUCAGAAAGAUUAAUGGUUAUGUGAAUUUGUUGAGUGAGGUUUACAAAACUUUGGGACUGCAUUUUACUAAUGCUUUGAGCACUACAAUUGAACCAUUGGUAUAUUCGUUGGUUGUAGCGCAAAAGCGUAUUGAAUUAGCUGAUCAAUUCGAAGAGGAAGAUGCUGUCAUUGUGGAUAAAACUGCCAGAAGUAUAAGACAAAUUGGUAUGAGAUGCUUAAAUGAUCUUUUCAUGAUCAUGGGUGAAUCUUUUGACUGGGAUGAACAUAUCUUUACAAUUUAUGAGCAUUUGGUCAAGCCCAGAAUGGAAAAUUUUGCCAUUGAAAACUUGCAGCAACCUUCAUCCCUUAUGAAAAUCAUUUUAGGUUGGAUCGAUUUGCCAAAUACUUUGAAGUUUUUGUACUUCGAUAACUUUGCACCAAUCGAAGCAAUUGCUUCCUUGACAAGUCAGACGAAUGCAAAAGACUCCGUAGUUUCAUCUACAUUGGAGUUCACAAUCAAGGCACUCAGUAAGAAAAAUAUGAUAGAAGAUAAUUACUUUACAUUGCUUGCAAUAAUAGUAAACUCGCUUUUGAAGAGUUUACCAUCAAUUAUAGAUCACAUUGCAGACAAAGAAAUUGGUGCAUUGGUCAUCACAGUUCUUCUUCUUUUGAUUGAGGGAAAUUAUAUCCACGAUGAUGACACAAAGGCUUCCUUAUUGGAAUCAUUGACCAAGGCACUUGACAAGCCACAGUCCCAAAUAGACCCAUCAGACAAAGCAAAUAUUUUGUUAUCUUUGUCUUCUAUUGUCGACACGUAUGACUGCUCAUUCGAACAGAUUUUGUCACUUUACCAAGUGUGUUCAAAAUCAUUCAGACUUUACUCUGACAAGAGAGUCAGAGAGACCUUAGUCAGCGUGUUUCUUAGUAUUGGUAAGAAGUUUCCAGAAGUUCAGGAAGUUUCCGAGUUAUUGGCAGACUUGAACUCGUACUCUCCAAAACGAAUGCAAGAAUAUGAUUUCGAAAGAAGAUUGAGUGCUUUUAAGAAGAUCAACGAAGAAAUUUACGAAAAUUUGACCCCUACACAAUGGCUUCCACUCAUUUACUGCGGAUUGUUUUUUAUCAACGAUGCGAACGAGCUAAUCAUGAGGACAAAUGGUGUCUACGUUUUAAAACGGUUUGUGGAUUGCGUUUCUGUAAAGCAACCUUCAGAGGCUGAACCAUAUAUUUCUCAAUUUAAAGAUAUCGUGUUGCCGUAUCUUAAAAUCGGACUUAGAAAGGAAAAUGAAGACAUACAGUCCGAAUAUAUUGAUCUUUUGGAGCAUUGUGUCAGCGCGCCACAGUACUUCGAGUCCUUCAAUGAUAUGAAAGUUCUUACUUACGACAACGAUGACGACAAGAACUUUUUCAAGAAUGUUAAUCAUAUUCAAUUGCAUAAUCGUCAACGUGCAGUAAAGAAUUUAAUUGAAGCCAGACACAAUUUGAAUGAAAAUAGUAUUUCUCAUUUUAUUUUGCCAAUUAUCGAACAUUAUGCACUUUCAAAAGAAGAUAAGUUCAUGGGUAUCGGGCUUCAAACUCUUGAAACCAUUGGUUACUUGGUCCGGUGUGUGAGUUGGAAUCACUUUAAAGCAAUUUUCAAAAGAUACAUCAUGAAUUUGAAAAAGUCAACAAAUGACUUGCUCAAGAAAAAUGUGAACAUGAUUGUGGCUAUUUCAAGUGCAUUUAUGUCUUCGGUCAGAGCAAAGAAUCAAAACCUUGAUGAAGAUUUAAUUUCCAACUUGCCAGAUCAGUCUGAAAUCGACCUGUAUAUUUUGAAGGACUUAUUUCCAUCUUUGUUGAAGGUGUUAGUAGUCAGAAAUGAUGAUACAAUUGUUGCUAGAGCACCUUUAUCCGAAGCAAUGUGUUCCCUUAUAAUGUGUAUCUCUAAUCAUUUAAUUGAGUCUGAGUUACCAAGUAUUUUGACAAGUACAUGUCAGGUCAUGAGAUCCAGAUCUGAAGAGUUAAGAGAUGCUAUAAGAAAAACCUUGUGCAAAAUUUUGAGAAUUUUGGGGCCCCUGUAUCUCAAGUUUAUUUUACAGGAGUUAAAGACUGCAUUAUCCAGAGGCUCUCAGAUUCAUGUUUUGAGUUUCACUGUUCAUCACUUAUUAGCCUCCAUUUCGGAUUCUCUCAAGUUUGGCGAUUUGAAUGACUCAUUAAGCUUGAUUAUUGAUAUUGUCAUGGAAGAUACUUUUGGUGCUGCUGGCCAAGAAAAGGAUGCAGAAGGAUACCAUAGCAAGAUGAAAGAAGUCAAAUUCAAAAAGAGUUUUGAUACAGGUGAAAUAAUAUCCUCAAAUAUCAACCUAUCCUACUUUAGUUUAUUAUUGGAACCAAUCAAACUUCUCCUUAAGGAACAUAUCUCCUUGAAGACCCAGAAUAAAUUGGACGAGCUCUUGAGAAGGUAUGCAUUGGGUCUUAAUCACAAUGAGGAGGCUGCCAAACAAGAUAUCUUAUUACUAUGCUACGAAAUCAAUAAAAUGGCUUUUGAGCAGAAGGAAGAACGUGGGAAUAACAACGUUAAACCAAGUGAGGAUCAUUUCCUUGUGAAAUUAACCUCCAAGCCUCAAAAAACGCAUGUCAGCAAUACAGUACACAUCCAUACUUUGCAAAAGUUUUCUUUCGAGUUGCUUAGAACAGCACUUUCGAGAAACGAGCAUUUGGCCUCUGCUUCCAAUCUUUCGGGCUUUUUACCAUUAUUGGAGGAAGGACUCAAAUCAGACAACGAAGGUGUUGUGGUUUCAGCGUUGAGAAUCUUGAACUCGUUCAUUAGAUUACCAUUCCUGGAGAACGAGAACUCGGUAUUUGAGGAGUGUGCUAAGGUAUCAUUAAAUAUAAUCAAGGACUCUCCUACAACGAACUCUGAAAUAUGUCAAGCCGCUCUUAAAUUCUUAGCAACAACCAUUCGUCACAAACCAGACAUUAACUUGACUGAAACAGCGGUCAGAUAUAUCUUGGUCCGAAUUCAGCCUGAUCUCGAGGAACCAAACAGACAAGGACUUGCUUUCAACUUCUUAAAAGCAGUUGUAUCUCAGCAUAUUAUGAUCCCUGAAGUAUACGACGUGAUGGAUAAAGUUGCGAAGAUCAUGGUAGUAAACCAUGCCAAGGAAAUCAGAGAUAUGUCAAGAAGUGUGUACUAUCAGUUUUUGAUGGAAUAUGAUCAAGGAAGAGGUAAAUUGGAAAAGCAAUUCAAGUUUUUAGUCAAUAACUUGGCAUAUCCUACAGAGGCUGGUAGACAAUCUGUGAUGGAACUCAUUCAUCUUGUGAUCAUAAAAUCAGGAUCCGAUUUAUUAAAUAAAUUGGCAUCAUCAUUUUUUGUUUCUUUGGCAAAUGUUCUUGCUGCAGAUGAUUCGAGUAAAUGUCGUGAGAUGGCCACAUCCCUUAUUGCUAGUAUUUUCAAGAGCUUAGAGGACAAGGAAGUUGAAAAACUUGAAAAGUAUAUCUUUGCAUGGAUCGGAUCCCAAAACCUUCAAUUGAAACGCUGUGGAUUCAAUAUUUACAAGAUUUACAUAACAGAGUUUGAAUAUGGUUCUAAUGAACUGUUAGACAAGAAUGCUUUAACAAAUGUUCAAUCUAUUUUGAAUGAAGCAAAAUAUUCUGAAGAUAAUGAGGUGUCAAUAGAGUGGGAUCUUUUAUACUCAGCAUUAAACGUAUUCACCACCAUAUGUUCAAGUCUCAAAGAAAAGGUGUUUGUGGAAUCGUUUGAAGAUAUUUGGAAAAGAAUCAUUGAGACCUUGUUAUUCCCACAUGCAUGGAUCCGUUUGAUUUCCAGUCGGUUGAUAGGCUUACUAUUAUCCAAUUUGGAUAGUUUAGACUUUGAAAUGGCUAACUACGACGUCCAGACGAUUUGCUAUAGGUUAUUGAGACAACUUGGUGCCCCUUCGAUCACUGAGGAAUUGGGAAAUCAAAAUAUCAAGAACAUUGUUAUAAUUGCCAUGAAAUGGGAAUCAAAUGAUACUGUUUGGGAAACUGGUCCUUCGCAGGAAUCUGGAAAAAUCGUGAAAACUGAACUUGCAAACGACCAAUUGAUAUCAAGAACGUGUGCAAUCAUGAGACAAGAACAUAACUAUAAAGACUCAUUCGUGAGCAAAAAGAGCUCUAUAAAGUUAGCUGCAAUGUUAGUGCAAGUCACUAGUACCCGAAGACUUCCAGCAGUUGCUGAGAAGUUGUUACUUUCCUUGUUCAAUUUCAAGGAUUUGAAUGCCCAGAACAGCAAGGAAGAAGAAGAGUUGGUCAAUCUUACAUUAGAAUGUAUGCAAAUGAUUGAGGAAAAGCUCGGAGUUACUGAAUACUCGAAUGUGUAUGCACUGGCCAAACUGAAAGUGGAUGUUAGACGACAAGAGAGAAAAACCAAGAGGGCUCAAUUGGCAGUCAAUGCUCCUGAAGUAGCUGCUAAAAGAAAACUUAAAAAGCAUGAAAGAUCGAGAGAAAAGAGAAAACAUGAAAAGGACGAAAACGGUUAUUACCGCCUGAAGAAGAAGAGAUUCAAUUAAAUUGUAUUUAUAAUAUUAAGUAGCUACAAUGUCCUAUAAAUGUAUAUCCUAACAAUCAUACUACUGUAUGAGUAGUCUGAUCCACAGAUUUUGGCUUUUCUUCAGUUGUGGUCUCUAUUAUUCCAUCACUUGGUAAAACACCAGAAGAAGCACUACCAGGGUUCUGUUGAGAACUAACAUCCAGUCUCGGAUACUGUUCCGUAGGAGGUGUAUCCGUAUAAGUGUUUUCAUCACCAAGUUGUUGGUCAUCCCAUUCUGAAUUCAUUUCAUUGUCAUUAACCCCCUCACUUCUUAAUUCUUC